UACAGUAACUUGUAUCAAAUUUUAGCCAUUUUCCCCAACAGAGUGUGAUUGUAAGGGACACCCUCACCUUCUCCGUUGAAAACGUAUAAAAGGAAAAGGAAAAGGAAAAACGAACCACACGAGGCUCCAAGAGAAAUGGCGAAAUCCAUGGAGUGCUCCGAUUAUCGCGUUUUGCUCAAACCAAUCCCAAUUCCAAUCUCGACCCAACCAACAACAUGCUCUUCCUUCUCUGGGAAAGAAAAAAAAAAAAGAAAAGAAAAUCUUUAUUUCUGCCUUGUUUUUCUUUUACUUUCUUCCUUCAAACCCAUCAACGGUGACAUUCCUGUUGCAUCGGCUUUUGGGUUAGAACCCUUAUCCAAAGUGAUGGGUUUCAUUUGAUUUCAAUCAAACUCCAAGGAAUUUUACAUUCACCGUAAGGAAUGGAAAUUACUGCAGGUUCCCAUGUAUGGGUUGAAGACCAAGAAUUGGCUUGGGUUGAUGGGGUUGUAACUAGUGUUAAUGGAAAUGAAGCUGAGGUUGAAACUAUUAAUGGGAACCAGGUUACUACAAAGUUAUCUAAAUUGUAUCCCAAGGAUAUGGAAGCACCCGAUACGGGUGUUGAUGAUAUGACUAAGCUAUCAUACUUGCACGAGCCUGCUGUGCUUCACAAUUUGGCCAUCAGAUACGGAAUCAAAGAGAUUUAUACUUACUGUGGGAACAUUCUCAUCGCCAUCAAUCCAUUCCAAGCAAUCUCACAUUUAUAUGAUACCAAAUUGAUGGACAGCUAUAAAGGGGCUCAACUAGGGGAUCGGAGUCCUCAUGUUUUUGCGAUUACUGAUGUUGCAUAUAGGGCUAUGAAUAACGAAGGCAAAUCCAAUUCUAUACUAGUCAGUGGUGAAAGUGGGGCAGGUAAGACUGAAACCACCAAAAUGAUUAUGCGCUAUCUUGCGUAUUUGGGUGGCCAUGCUGCUGCUGAAGCACGGACUGUUGAACGAAAAGUUCUAGAAUCAAAUCCUGUUCUUGAAGCAUUUGGAAAUGCAAAAACUGUCAGGAAUAACAACUCGAGUCGUUUUGGAAAAUUUGUUGAGAUUCAAUUUGAUGCACGUGGACAAAUAUCAGGGGCUGCCAUCAGAACUUAUCUCCUAGAAAAAUCUCGUGUUUGCCAAAUUUCAGAGCCUGAACGGAACUACCACUGUUUUUACCUUCUUUGUGCAGCACCACCGAAGGAGAUCGAGAAAUAUAAGUUGGGAGAUCCUAAGUCGUUUCAUUACCUUAACCAAUCUAGUUGUUAUGAACUGGUUGGCGUAGAUGAUUCCCAUGAUUAUCUUGCCACCAAGAAAGCUAUGGAUAUUGUUGGGAUAAGUGUGGAGGAACAGGAUGCAAUUUUCAGAAUUGUGGCUGCAAUUCUUCAUCUGGGCAAUAUUGCAUUUGCUUUGGAGGGAGAAGAUUCAUCUGUGUUAGAGGAUGACAAAGCCAAAUUCCAUCUUCAAGUGGCAGCAGAGCUACUCAUGUGUGAUCUUGAAGCAUUGGAAACUGCACUGUGUAAGCGCAAUAUGGUCACUCCAGAAGAAGUUAUCAAAAGGAGCCUUGAUCCACUUGGUGCAGCAAUUAGCAGGGAUGGUUUAGCAAAGACAAUAUAUUCUCGUUUGUUUGACUGGUUGGUUAAGAAAAUUAAUGUCUCUAUUGGGCAAGAUCCUGACUCAAAAUGUCUCAUUGGAGUCCUUGACAUAUAUGGUUUUGAAAGUUUUAAAACUAGCAGUUUUGAACAGUUCUGUAUAAACUUCACCAAUGAAAAGCUGCAACAACAUUUCAACCAGCACGUGUUCAAGAUGGAGCAAUCUGUAUACCAAGAGGAGGAAAUAGAUUGGAGCUAUAUAGAUUUUGUUGAUAAUCAAGAUGUUUUGGAUCUUAUCGAAAAGAAACCAGGGGGGAUCAUUUCUCUUCUUGAUGAAACAUGCAUGUUUCCGAAAUCAACCCAUGAAACCUUUGCCCAAAAGCUCUAUCAGACAUUCAAGGAUCACAAACGCUUUGUAAAGCCAAAAUUGGCUCGCACAGAGUUCACCAUUGUCCAUUAUGCAGGAGAGGUCCAGUAUCAGUGUGAUCAGUUUUUAGACAAAAACAAAGACUAUAUUGUUCCUGAACAUCAGGAGUUGUUGAGUACUUCCAAAUGUUCCUUUAUAGCAAGCCUUUUCCCUUCACUUAAUGCGGAGACACCUAAAUCUGGCAAGUUCUCAUCUAUUGGUUCUCGUUUCAAGUUACAGUUACAACAGUUGAUGGAUAUACUAAAUUCUACCGAACCCCACUAUAUAAGAUGUAUAAAACCAAACUCUGAUUUAAGGCCUGAAAUAUUUGAGAAUGUAAGUGUCUUGCAGCAACUACGUUCUGGUGGUGUUCUAGAGGCAAUCAGAGUCAAGUGUGAGGGAUACCCUACUAAUAGAAUCUUUAGUGAAUUUCUAGAGCGAUUUUCUAUUCUUGCACCAGAAGUUUUGAAAGAGAAUGUUGAAGAAAACGUUGCUUGCAAAUCAAUUAUGGAGAAAGUGGGGCUUUCAAAUUAUCAGAUAGGGAAAACUAAGAUUUUUUUGAGAGCUGGUCAGAUGGCAGAGUUAGAUGGACGCAAAGCAAAAUUACUUGGAGAGUCAGCAAAGGUUAUUCAAAAGCAAGUUAGAUCCUGUAUAGCUCGAAAACGCUAUGUUCGUGUCCAAACGGCUUCUAUUUGUAUACAAACUGUUUUGAGGGGACAACUAGCUUGUGAAUCACUUAAAUUCAGGAAAAGAACAGCAGCUGCUGUCAAAAUUCAGAAGUCUGCCCGCAGAAAAUCUGCUAGUAGGAAGUACACUAAUAUCAUAUCUUCAGCAGUUAUCGUACAGACAGGAAUACGUGCUAUGGUUGCCCAUAAUGAAUUCAGGUCUAAGAUGCAAAACCGUUCUGCAACUAUACAGGCUGCUACAGAAGAAGAAGAAAAGGACAGUGGAAAAGAAGAAGAGGACAUUGGAAAAGAAGAAAAGGACAUUGGAAAAGAAGAAAAGGACAUUGGAAAAGAAGAAAAGGACGUUGGAAAAGAAGAAAAGGACAUUGGGAAAGAAGAAAAGGACAGUGGAAAAGAAGUCAAGGAACCCGAAGAUAAAGAGCCAGAAAAGCAACCAACUGUCAAAGUACAAGAGAAAGAAGAGCUACCCGAUCCUCCAGUAGCUGUACUUGAGCAGAACGAACCUGACAAUACCGAUGUGUCUCCUGACAAAGAGCAAGAGGUCACAGAGGAAUCAAAUGAACUGUAUCAUAUCGUUAAAGAAAUAUCAAGCCCCAUCCAAGAUGUUUUAACAGCUGAGGACCUUCCAUCAGAAGUUGAACAGCUAAAGGUCCUCUUGAUAGGAGAAAAGAAAAGAGCUGAUGAAUAUCAAAAGAAACAUGCUGAAGCCCAAGAAUUAAGCGAGCAAAGACGCAAGAAAUUGGAAGAAACUGAAAAGAAAGUACAUCAGCUUCAAGAAUCUUUGAACAGGCUAUUAUUCAGUAUGUCUGAGCAAUUUUCACAACUUAAAACAAUUUUACAGACUCCAUCAAUUUCAAAACCAGCCUCUCCACCGAUUGCUCGAGUUGAUUACUUUGAUAAUUCGGACAACUCUGAUGCUUCAUCAACUGGCUCAGAUUUUGCAUUUCCAGCUUCAGGUCAUGAUUCAGCCAACAACUCUUGUCCCCGUCCUAAAGCUCCCCAGGUGCAUGUUAAAGACGCUACAGCCACUGAAAUUACAGGUACUGCGGACAGUGAUAAGGAGGGGGCAUUUGAUGACUACUUCUGACGGAUCUUUGUGCUUCUGCUUCUUCUUAUCUGUAGAUUACAGAUAUAAACACAAUUUUAGUAGAGAAUCACAGUGUAGGCAUGCAAAACACAAACCACAUUCUUACACGUAACAGAUACAAGAUUUGUAUAUAGGAGUAAGAUUCUUAGGGUUCUUUAGGUCAAAUAGUUAGCUAAUCCUUUCAAAAUGCAAUUCCCCUAAGUGGAUAUGCGUUAGUUUCAUUUAUAUCUUCACUAACAGUCGCCAUGACUCGUCUCUAACAAGUAUAUUGAAAAUGUCUCAAAAUGAGGUUCUCUGCAUUAUCUGUGUUAUAUAUUUUUGUUAACGAAAAACAAAAUGAACCAAUUACGAUUGAGAUGUUUGUUGUGCUUCAUCAAGAAGGCAAGCAUUGUUGACCCCAGAGCUUAGUCAGUUGGUUCAUGUAGCCAUCCUUAAGAAGUUGCGUCCAAUAUCUCUGUGUGGUUCAUAUCUUAACAUCUACAAUCUUCUCCGCUUCUUUGGACUGGAGCUUCCUUUUGUACCAAAAAAGGUGGAAAAAGGCAUUGUUAAGAAAGUAGGGAGGAGGCUGCAAACACUGACAACCAAAGAAGCAUCAGAAGGGACCUAUAGCUUAAGGUUGGCUGGCAAAGGCCAAUUCUAUCAUGGUUUGAAUUGGCAUGUUAUAUGCUAUGUAAUAUAUAUAUAUAUAUAGCCAUUGAUGUAUUUCUUUUUUCAAUUUAAACAUGAAUUAAUUAGCUAGCAAACCCAUUUAAUAAUUACUAAACAAUGAAGCAAGGCAGCAUAAUGCCUUUUACACUUUUGAAUUGAUUGGGGAAAUUUCUUUUCA